UUAUACAAAGUGGAGGAUAUAGCACUCCUUUUUGUUCUUGUGGUCGUUCCAGGAUACAGGAUGAUUCCGUAAUAUUUAUUUUCCGAUCACGAGUUGAGUAUGAGUCACUCUUUAUUAUUAUUAUUAUUAUUAUUGUAUACAGUAAAAUAAUUAAGUAAAACAAUAAAUAAAAGCAGCGAUGGAAUUUAUUUUUUCAACGUCAUUUUUAAAUACAGUAAUGAUAUAUCGUACUGUAUGUAUGGUAAAUAAAAUCCAUUUAUCACGUGUAAAGUAUCAACGAUAAUUUCAUCACUUUAACAAUUGGAUUUAAAGUUAAGUGAAGUUAAUGUACGACGAUAAAAAAUCAAGAGGAUUUAUUUUUUAUCCUAAAAUAAUAAGUCAGGUUUCCUAUUAUCACUAUUAUUAUUUUUUAUAAUAAUUUUACUGACAAUCAAUUUUCAUUUUUUUGUGAAAUUCAUUUCCUGUUAAUUUACUGUUUAUUGUAAUAAUACAGUGACGCUUUUACAACAGCAAAUAAUAAACGAACCAAAUCAAAUGGAAUUUUUAUAUUCAAAAUAAUAAUAAUAUAAUUGUGUGAGAACAGCUGUGUUUAUUUUACAUUAACUGGUUUAUUGCUCAAUUUAUUGAAGAAUAAUAUUUUAAAAAUUUUAAUAUAAAAAAAAAAGAAUUAAAUAAUAAUAGAGUAAUUAUUCAAUAAUUCAGUAAUGUGACCAACAAUAAAUGGAUCUGUGUUAUAAUAAUCAAUAAAUAACUUGCGUGUCACCACCUACGUUAAAAAAUAUCAGUAUAAUUUAUUUAGAAGGGAUUUUUUUCAUUGGUUUAAAAAAAAUAUAACAGUAUAAACAUUUAUUCAAAUUAAAACAAUUUCAAUGUAAAGAAAAAAAUAUAAAUAAAUAAAUAAAUAGUGAAAUUUAUCGUACGUGUUAUUAAAUAGAUAACGAUGUUUUUAUCUAAUGAAAAAACUGCUGAUAGAUGUCUGCGUACUGAAGGUAUAAUGUCAUGGACUGAAAUAAAUGAAUUAAUUGUCGAGGCCACGUGGUAAAAGUUUAUGUAAAAAAAUUAAAAAAAAAAAGUAACUCGUGCGCGGUCGAUUUUACCUCGAGGCAAUUAAUUAUAUUGCUUUUAUUAUUUAAUGACUCACUGUCGUAUCCAAACACACGGAAUAUUGACACUGUCUCGAGUUAUUCAAAAGCUCAUAUACUCGUACAUAUUUUAUUUUAAUUAUAUUAACUUUACGAUAAAUUAUUUUGUGAUUUAAAAAUAACUCAAAAUUUUAUUUGUGUAAAGUAAUGUGACUAUGACUCAAGUUAUAGAACUAUAGGAUAAUCUAACAAACAUUUAAAUUAGUAAAUAUCAUCAGGAUAUAUGUGACGUAAUAAGUGAUAAUCGAUGUCGACAGUUAAAUGUUUAUGGGUCCUAUUAAAACGUCAUAGAGUAAUAGUUUAACUGGAGAAAAAGAAAAGUAAAUAAAUAAAAUAACACUGCAACGAAUCAUUAACGAUCAUACGUAAUACGUCAUUGAAUGUAUUGACGUAGUAUUGAUAACGUCGCGGUGUAGCACCCGCGACGAUAAAAUUUGUUGGUAUUAAAUGUAAAGGCAUAUAGUUUGAUAUAUAAAUGGACUUAUUGCCGUUUUAAAAUAAAUAGUUAUAACAAUGCUGCCAAAGAAAGAUGGUCAAUUAGAGCCAUUUUCGCUAGAAGAUAUGAUAUCUGACUUACAAACGAGAAGACACUCUUUGGAUAGUGAUGAUGAUGUGGGAAAUCCACAUGAACUUCUUAAACAACGUGAGAGAGAUCUUGUGCUUGCAGCUGAACUUGGAAAAGCAUUACUUGAAAGAAAUCAGGAACUUACAAGACAGAGUGAAGCCAUCGCUGAAGAAUAUGCAAAUAAACUUGAAUGUUUGGAACAAGAAAGGCAUUUACUACGUCGAAGACUUGAAGAAGCUAAAGGUGAGAGUGAAGCACGUGCUCUGGAAUUACAAUCAGACGUUGAGACAUUGAGAAGUCAACUAGAAGAACAAAGUGAACGUGCUAGGCGAGCAGAACGGGAACAAGCAACUUUAGUUAGUGAACUGACAGCUCAAAAUAUUCGGCUUGCGGAUCAAUUAAGAGAAGCAGCUAAAAGUGAAGAUCAAUUGGUCACUGAAAUAAAAUUACUUAGAGAUAAAUGUACAUUACGAAAUACAACUCUUCAGGAUCACGUCAGUAGUCUUGAAAUCCUUCGAGAUGAGGUGCAAUUGGUUUCGGCACAAAGAACUGAGUUGGAAAGGCGAUCACUUGAGUUGCGAGAAGAGAGAGCCAGAGCUGUUGCAGCCCUGGAGGAAGCCGAGGAAAGGGCUGCGGCCUUGGAGAGACUCAGCCAUGAAGCGGAACACCGAGCGAAAGCAGCCGAGCGAGAGAGAGAUGAGCUAUCUGCGGCACUAGCGACGAUCGAAGUUGAAAGAAGAGGUAGGUCUGGAUCGAUACAGAAGCCACCGAGGUCGUUGCAGGCGGAAAUGGAGUGCGAGGUAAGCGGUAGCUCAAUGGGGGAGCAAGAGGACAUCAGGGCGGAAGUUGCGAGGGCGUGCAAACGACUACGAGAGCUUAACACGCACCUGCGACGGGGCGAGGACGACUCGGGACUGCAGAGUGACUGUGACGAGUCAAUGCCCGUCAUUGUCAGCGGUGUUGAGACCGAGGACUAUUGUUCUGGAGCGCUUACCGAACUUGUUGAAGAGGUUUACAGUCUCGCCUUGACCGGACGAGGAGCGCCAGGAGAGUUGGGUCUUGCAGUGGAGUUGCAUCGUGUCACCGAGGAUUUGGAGCAUACAAAACAGCAACUUAAACAAGUUCAAGACGAGUUAAAGAGACGUGGUGAAGCUUUACUGGACACGACAAGUAAAUUGAGUGUAUGUGAAGCUGAAUUACGUGGGGUAAGGGAAGAACGUGAUCGUGCCAGAGAUGACAUUGAGGACUCCGAGCUCAAUAGAGAUGAAGUUAUUGCUCAAGCAUAUGCAGUAAGAGAUCAAGCUGUUGCACGAAAAAAUAGAGCGGAAGUCGAAUUAGCGAGAACAAGAAUAGAUGUACUACAAGUUAACAGUCAGCUGAUGGAAGCGAUACAGCAGAAAAUCGAACUGAGUCAGCAGCUGGAGCAAUGGCAGAUGGAUAUGCAGGCUCUCAUAGACGAGCAUGUUAAAAGUAAACUUACCCCCUCUAGUGCUCAUAUAGGAAAUGGUAAUUCAAGUGAGAAUACAGACGUUACCGCUCCUGUAAGAAAGAAACGUAGUACAGGAAAUUCUAAAAAAAUGUUUGGACUAUUUUAGCAGACAAUUAAAUUUUUUAUAAAAUAAAAUUAACAUUAAGACUUUAUUAGAUUAUUUUAAUGGAAAAAUAUUUUUUUUUUAUUAAAAAUAUUAAGUAUUAAAUUUUUAUUUAAAAAAAAAACAUUAUCAUGUUAUUGAUUUAUUUACUUUUUUUAAAUUAAAUAAACAAUGAAAGAUAAAAGUGAAUAGUGUAAUUAAUCGAUCAGAAAUUUAUUUUUUUUUA